AUGACAUCAACAAUAGCUGUAAUUAUAACACCAGAUUUGAAACUUUAUAAAAAGUAUAAAGAUGUUUUUUCUUUCUUUGAGAAAGAAUUGGAUGAAGCAUAUAUGUUGUGUGAAGAAUAUGUGGAAUGUGAAACCGUUGCAAAAUUGCAAGAGCGACUAUGUGUCGGAAAUAGCAUGAAUCCUUACUGGCUACCGACAUCAAAUGCACCGCAUAACAAAUGUUAUGAAAAACUUAAAAACGAUUAUAUUCAUUUAGAGAGGCUGGAAAGGGAAUUGCAAAACAGCAAACUUCGAUGCGUCAACGACACUAUGAAUGCAAAUUCAUCGUAUAGAACAGCUAUCGGACAGCACAAACUUAAACUGCCGUCGUACCUUUGCUUCACAGCUAUCUUCAACAAGUACCGCAAACUAUAUUCAUAUUACAAGCAUCCUAGUGCCCUUCUUUUAUCACCUAGUCCUCUGAUAACAGAAGACGCCAGAUGUACAACGUCGUUGGUCGGGACAUCAAAAAAGUUUAAAAAUGCUGAUGGGACCAUAAUUGUUAAUCGGUGUUUCCAAGGCAAUCGCAUUAGAAAACAAUGUGGCACCCUGCGAGACUGUUGCCUACCAAUAAAAAAAUGUGAACAAAUGGCAGCCAAAUCACUUAUUGCAGAAGAAAAAAUAGCAAGAAUUAAGGCGAUUCUAAAGAAAGCCCGCGAUUGCCGAGUAGGAUUAGAAGUCAGUGAACUGAAACUAGAGGAUGGUUACUUUGUUGAGAAAGUUGAUAUUCCAACUACCAAAUCCACUGGAGCUUUAAGAGGAACUGAUAAUAAACCUGCAGAGAGAGUGUCAGCUCUCGGAGAAGAAGUCGCAUCGGACGUGCUGAAUAUGCCUCCAGAUGAGUUUGUUUACCAAACCAAACAUGAAAUUACGGCAAACAAAGCUACCACUGUGUCAGGAAACGCUAAUUUGAACGCUGAAACCGAUGAAAUGCUUGACAAAGGAUUGAUGAUAGUCAAAUUCCACACGAAGGAUGAGACUUAUGACGAGGAAACAACAACUGUGCCAGAACCAAAAGCAGUUAUAGCUCAGGACGAAGAGCUAAAAAAAAGAAACGUUGGUAAAGUUGAUUAUCGGAAAGCUAUAGUGAGCGAGAAUAAGCUUCAGCCAUCCACCGUAGAAACGCACGACGCUGAAGCGAAGGAGAACACUGAACAGAAACAAAUUGAUACGCACAAUAGCCAGCGUAUUGAGGACGAUAUUAAAACAUUUAACGUUGCUUACGAGAACUUCAAACGUAUUUCCAAAAAAAUAAAACAGAAAGAAACAUCAACAUCUAAAAAGGAUUUGAAUGAACUGGAGGUAGAGACUUAUAAUGCUUUGCAAGAAACAGCUGCUUUAGCCGGACGAAACUGUACAUUAAGUGAUAGUAAGGAACUGGAUCAACCGGAGUCAAGGAAAGGAGUUUUGCAAUCUCUGCUAAAAAUGAUCCAAAAACUCUAUUUGGCUGUGAAACGAUUGUUAGAAAAUGAAGAACGGCCAGCAGCUGAGAACUACAAAUACGAUGGUGACAAGAAAAGAAAUCACACUGGUCUUGACCACAAAGCACCAUGUAGAGCUAAUCUUAUGCGUGAUUUGACCAGCACCAAGAAAACUCAGAUAGAAACUUCAACGGCUACCUCUACUACAGAAAUGACGACGACAUUGCCGCCUAGUGCCGUAUCUUCCAAUGAAGGUAUUGAUGCGGGUAGUGGGGAGGUGCCACAGGAGAACUCGCUCGAUAACUAUCAUGUGGAAGCAGUUCCGCCCAACAAAUCUGAUUUCACUCAAGUGGCGCACGGGACAGUGUCACAGUGCGAUAGAUAUUUGACAUGCAGACAUCAGUGGAAAAUUGGAGAAAAAUUGAGAGAUUGGUAUGCCGUAGAACUGAAGGUUACAGGACUUUACUGUGUACAGAAACAGCCAUUGUUCCGACAACUCGAUCGAUGCAGUAUGUUAGCAGUAAGAAGGAAUCGAGCCUUUGCCAUUUCUACAGAAUCGCUGCUACACCUCAGUCACCGUUGUAAUAUCAGUCAAAGUGCUAAUUUUGGAAAGUUAAAUGAAAUUAAUUCUGAAAAUACGCGAAAACUUCGACACUGCUUAGAAGUAGCCGAAAAAGCCGAUAAUAAUCAAGAAUGUAGUUUAAAGAACAGUAAUAUUGAUGAAAAUUUAAUGAAGAGUAUUCAUCACAAAGUUUAUACCAAUGAACGCGACUGUUAUACUGACGUCAAUUCACUACAGUUGGCUUGUGCAAGUCUUCGAUCAUGUUGUCCGUCGUUCCAUCGAUGCCGUGAAGAGUCGUCAUCGGCAGCAACAGAAAAUGCUAUACUGGAAUUGACAGCAAUAUUGGCAAAUGAAAAUCAGGAUUGUCUAGAAAAAAGUUUAAAUGAUAUUGAAAAUACAGAAAAUGCUGAUGUUUCUAAGAAUCAAAAUUACUCACGAUUUUUACCAAAAAACAGAAAAGUAGAAAUGAUACAGUUUAAUAACGAUUUUUAUAAGUGGUUCAAUGACAAUUAUUAG